AUGCCGAACAUCGCAGUGGAAGGACGCAUCUUUGGCUUCCAUCUGGAGCCGUACUAUCUGCCACUCGUGCUUCCGGGCGCGGUGAGGACGCCAGGCUCGGAUGCGACUACGGUCGAAAACGCACAGGACGGAACGACGGUCUUCACCGUUACGCUCGACAAGGUGCAGCGGGGAGAACAGUUUGAAGGGCUGGACGGGUUGCAAGCCCAACUGCUACCCGAGGACCAGCUCAAGCAGGCGCUUGUGGACGCCGAGCAGUCCAAGGGCUUCUUCGAGCCGGCAUCGCAGGCAGGCGAGGAUGCAGAGGCCAAGUCGUUGCUGCAGCAGGCACUGCGCAGUCAGGGGCUCGUCACGGUCGCGGACAACGAUGGCGAGGCUGCACUGGACGACGAGAUGAUCUCGACGCAGCAGGCGACCGUCAAAGAUACGGCAAACGCACCAGGGUUUGGAAUUGGAUUGGGCGGCAAAGCGAGAGGAGCGCUGAUUCCGGCAGGGUGCGCAGACACGCGCAACGUGCUGGAGGUGGCCGACCCGGGCAGCACGGAGCCAGCAGCGCGGUAUGCUGCAGCAGUGGCGUACGAAGAGGAGCGAUGGGACGAGGGCAUCUACAUGGACAACUACCUCGAUAUCGAUGGCGAGCUCGACCACGUCUUGCGGUUCACCCCUACGAUCCCCGCCAGCGACACCGCGGAAGUGGGAGGGGAAGCACAGACGGUGGAAGCGCUGGCGGUGGUGGUGGAGCUGUUGUUUGCGCUGAGCUACGACGAGCGCACCAACGAGGGCGAAGCCACGGUGGAGUCGGGAUGGACGAUCGCCAAGCUGUCGCGCUCAUUAUCCGCCUCAUCUCCUCCGCGCUCUGCAGAGACAUUGGAUGCUGUGGUGGCGGCAACACUGGUCGGAUGCGUGCGAAGGGCACUGACCGUUCCGCUGUAUCGACACUGGCGGCUGGCACAGGCGUGUAUCGACGACACGUUGCUGCGACUCCGGGCGGGACGAGCACAUGUGAUCUCGUGUCUGCACCAGAUCGCCAGCCGGCUCGAUGCGGGAGACGAUGCAGUGCUCCAACGGCUGCAGCAAAUAUGGAUUGCACCGUUGCUCGCCCAACCGCCGAGCGCGGAGCAACUUCAACAGCUCAGCCAGAGCAUCGAGGCGGUGCGAAGUGGCCUCGCCAAGGACACUGUGGGCGGCGAGUGGGAUCUGGAAGUGGUGGAGCAGGCGGCUCAGCAGGCAUACAACGACGGCGAAGGCGGCUUUGUCUGA